CUUAUGUUAGUUAGCAGUUAGUAGUUGGAGUUAGUUGUUCUUCCUCUGCAGACAAGCAGCAGGUUGUCAGCGUUUUAAUCUGUAAAAUGAACGGUUUAGACGAAGAGCCAAUGGCGCCACAGACCUUUCUUUACGGCUGUGUGCUGGAAGCUGGUAAGGAGGUGGUGUUCAAUCCUGAAGACGAUGACUUUGAGCAUCAGUUAGAUCUGAGGAUGGCCUGCGUGGACCCCAGCACGAAAGAUGAACUUCACAUGGUGGAGGUGGAAGGACAAGACAUAGAGGGGCAGAAAAUCAAGGCAGCACUGGUCUCACUGAAGCCCUCCAAUCUGCCAAGUGUGUGUCUCGGUGGUUUCACGAUCACACCCCCGGCAGUCUUCCGUCUGAAAGCAGGUUCUGGUCCAAUCCAUAUCAGUGGGCAACACCUCGUCAUGAUGGAGGCUGAUCAGUCUUUUGAUGAAGAUGACGACGAUGAGGAAGAAGAGGAAGAUGUCAGAACAUCAAAGAAAAGACCAGCUUCCUCCCCUGCCGCCAAGUCUCAGAAAAAAAUGAAAAUGGACAUAGAGGAGGAUGAUGACGACGAUGAAGAUGAGGAUGAAGAUGACGAGGACGAUGAUGAGGAUGAUGAGGAGGACGAUGAGGAGGAGGAGAGCGAAGAAGAAGAGUCACCUGUUAAGGCCAAGGCAGCACCACCCAAACAACAAACCCCUGCUCAGAACGGCAAGAGCUCAAAACCCAACACUCCGGCCAAAAAGCAGGAAAAGACCCCUAAAGGUAAGGGUGAGAAGUCGCCUAAAACCCCACCCACUCCCAAAGGAAAUUUAACACUUCCUGAGAUUAAAGCCAAGAUAAUGGAGGCAGUGAAGAAGGGAAACACGUUACCCAAGGCCCAGCCCAAGUUUGAGAACUUUGUGAAGAAUGGUUAUAAAGUCUCAGAUGCCAAGGCUAUUGCAGAGCUGUGGAAGUGGAGACAGACGGUGAAGGAUCCUAAAUAAUCGUCUCUGUAGUUUUAUUGUCCCUUUUUAUGACUUGUUUGUACCCACAGCACCUCUCAAACCCUCUUAAGCCAACCUCGGUGCCUCACACUUCAUGCAUCACCAAUUCAAAAUCUAGUCCAGCUCUACCUGCCCCCCCUGUAUGAAGAGACUAGAAGCAUGGCGAGGUGGAUGGUGACAGGUGGUGUCUUUCCUCCUCCAUCACCCUCUCUUUAGGGCAGAAAAAUGAUUUGGUUUGUUGAAUAAACCCUGGGAGAGGAUAUCUUGUGCUUUUUUUAUAUAGCUAUAUACAGUACAUAUACAAUAAAGUUUGAUUUGGCCUCAUGCAGGAACAAUAAAAAUGCAUCAGAUUAGUACCCACACGUAAAAACACACACAAGACUAGAAAGCAGCUCAAGAAACUCUGAAUUAAUUACUUUAUAAUUAACCUUAAUGUUGGCCAUGGUCGCUUCAGCAGUAAUGGUCAUUGAUAUAGCUUGAACAGUAUUGAUAGUCUAGUACCCUCAUGAACGUUAAAAAAAAAAAAAAAAACUUUUGCACUUUUUGAAA